AUGGAAAAAGAACUGCCCAGUGUUUUGAUCUCUGAAAUAGGCGGUGCAUUUGGUAUAUUAGAAAGCCAUGUAGAGUUUCUCAAGAAGCAUUUCAAUCUCGUCACCAUGAAGGAAUUGCAGAAAAGCAAAGAAGAAUUCCAUGAAAAGAUCAAAUCUGUUUUUGUAUUUGAGCGUCGACCAGCCAUUGACCAGGAGCUUCUUGAAAGCCUGCCCAACCUAAAGGUGGUUGGAAACUCAGGAGUAGGAGUGAAUCAUUUGAAUCUGAAAUUAAUUAGUAGCUUUGGAGUUAAAGUGACCAACACUCCACGUGCUGUUUCUGAUUCUACUGCGGACAUUGGGAUGGCAUUAAUGUUAGCAUCCGCCAGAAGAUUAGUUGAAGGUUGUCAUCUUGCAAUGUCUCCAGAUACUACGAAUUUUGCUGUUAAUUGGCUAGGAGUAGAAGUCAGCAGGGCCACCCUUGGUAUCAUUGGAAUGGGCAACAUCGGUUAUAAAGUGGCCAAGAGGGCAAAGGCUUUUGACAUGAAGAUUCUCUAUCACAAUAGGAAUCGGAGAAAAGAGGAAAAAGAACAAGAGGUUGGUGCCGUGUAUUGUAAAAACAUUGAUGACUUGCUUCAACAGUCUGAUUUUGUGAUGCUGGUUGUAAAUUUGACAUCAGAGACUCACAAUCUCAUAGGAAAGAGAGAGCUAGAACUGAUGAAACCCACAGCUACACUCAUCAAUAUCUGCAGAGGUGCAGUUAUUGACCAUGAUGCAUUGGUAGAAGCUCUCCAAAAUAAGGUUAUUAAGGCUGCAGCUCUGGAUGUGACCUAUCCUGAGCCAUUGCCAAGAGAUCACUUGCUAUUGCAGAUGAAGAACGUCAUCAUAACACCCCACAUUGGCACUGCUACAGACCAAGCCCUGCUCAUGAUGACAGAAGAAGCAGUAGAAAAUAUCCUGGCAGUUCUCAAUGAUCUUCCCAUUCCUAGUGAAGUGAUCUCCAAAUGACUUGAUGGAGAACAUACCAAAAAAAUCCAUUACUUAUCAAGAACAGGAGAUUAACUUCUGAGAAAUAUGACAAAUAGCCAGACAACAUAUUCCUAUCAGUUUCAAAAUGUGUGACUGAUUAU